GUGAAGGUAUGGAAAUAAAAAAAGAUAUUAUGCCUAUGGUAGGUAUUACAAUGAGUUUAUUAACUUUAGUAACAACAGUAGUUGUCAUAUCCCAGCCAUUAAAUCUCAAUCUAGAGAAUAGGGUAUGCAUAGUGAUGAGUUUGUGUAUACUUUCUGGGCUUUCAAUAGGAAUAACCGCAAGAUAUGCUGAUUGCGACUAUGGUGAAUAUGUAAUAGAAGAUAAUAUUCCAAAUGAUGAAACUUCAAAAGAUGAAGUUCAGCAAGGUGACACCCCAAAUGAGGAACCAUUACUUACUACUCAAUGCAACAAAAAGGGGGUUCAAUUCAAAGAUGCUGUAGAAGUUAUAACUAUUACACCUAAUCUAUCUACCAGUACAUCAACUGGCGUUUGUGAUGAAAAUGAUAUUGGUGAUCUGAGAAUAGAAGAUGAA